AUGUCUCCUAAAGCUAACUUUUUUGAUUCAUCCAAUUUUUCGCAUCAUAUCGCGCCAGCCCACGCUGACGACAAUACCAGCCACACCAACGAAGAUUAUUUUCUAUCAAAAUUUGACAUACUGGAGUCCAUCGGCUCUGGCUCGUUUGCAGAAGUUUACAAGGUUUGUAAGGUAGAUGAUGAAUCCAGCAUUUCAUGUGUGAAAAAAAGCAAAAGCCCAUAUUCAGGGAAUCUCGACAGGUACGCACACACAUCUCAUCAUCCUUGUAGGAGGAUGAAACUCGAAGAGAUACUGGCAUUAUGGGCGAUCUCCGGGCACCCAAACUGCAUUCAGAUCCUUUCGGCCUGGGAACAAAGCGGCAUCCUUUACAUUGAAACCGAAUUUUGUCCCAAUGGGAGUCUUUUGGAUUUGAUCAACGAAUAUUCUGGCAGUCAAUUUGAUGAAGAAGAAAUCUGGGACCUGAUAGAGCAACUAUCAAAGGCCCUCUCACACAUCCAUUCCAAAGGCUACAUCCACCUCGAUCUGAAGCCUGAAAAUAUCCUGUUAAGUAGCGGGGCUUUAUCAUCCAAAUUCACAUACAAGGUGUCUGAUCUUGGCCUGGCAAGAAAGUAUCUUUACGAAUCAACGGAUUCCCAUUCUCAGCAGCUGAUUUCAGAUGACAUCACAGAGGGCGAUAAAGUAUACUUGGCUCCUGAAAUCUUAUCCGGCGCUAUUUCUCCUGCCGCUGACAUUUUCAGUAUGGGGUUGAUUGCUUUAGAGCUUGCAGCCAAUAUUGAGCUGCCCAGCCAAGGUGACUCGUGGCAAUUACUUAGAAGCCACUCUCCGUUGAAUGGAAUCUCUAUGAGCGGGGUGUCAAGAAACCUUCAGUCUCUGAUUGAGGACAUGCUUAGCCUUGAUCAGAAUCUGAGGCCCUCAAUACCCGCCAUCAUAAAGAUCAUUUCCAGUCGAUGA